AUGCAACCUUUAUACAAUUUGAAAAGCAUUAAUCUGAGUCACUCUCUGAAUCUUGUCAACUCCUCAAACUUUAAAGGUGUGCCAUAUCUCGAGUUCCUGUUUCUUGAAGGUUGUAUAAGAUUGUGUGAGGUUGACCCAGGAAUUGAAGUGCUUGAAAGACUUACUGUGCUGAACUUGAAAGAUUGCAAGAAUCUUGUACAUUUUGCAAGUAGUGUACGUGGCUUAAAAUCUCUCAAAGUUCUUAAUCUUUCUGGUUGCUCAAAGGUUAACAAACUACCGAAUGACGUGGGACUUUUAGGAAGUUUGGAGAAGCUUUAUCUGAAGGACACUGGCAUAAGAGAACUACCUACGUCUACUAGAAUGCUUGAAAGACUUUCUCUGCUAAACAUGGAAGAUUGCAAACAUCUUCUGUGUCUUCCAAGCAGUGUAGGUGGUUUAAAAUCUCUCAAAGAUCUCAAUCUUUCUGGUUGCUCAAAGCUUGACAAAUUGCCAGAUGAGUUGGGUCAUGUUGCCUGUUUGAAGAAGCUUAAUGUGAGUGGGAGUGGCAUAAGAGAAGUGCCCUCCUCUAUUGGUCUUUUGAAAAACCUCGAAGAGUUAUCUCUUGGUGGAUGUAAAGCACAAUCACCUAAAUCAUGGAGUAUGAUCUUCAACCCCUUUCAGUUAUUGCUAAAAAGAAGUUGCAUUCCCGCAAGAUUGUCGUUGGCUUGUUUAUCUGGUUUGCAUUCAUUAACCUACCUGAAUCUAAGUGACUGCAAUCUUUCUGAAGAAGCAAUCCCCAUUGACUUUGGAUGCUUAGCCUUAUUGAGAAGAUUAAAUUUGAGGAAAAAUCAAUUUGUUAGACUACCCGAGAGCAUUGGCCAACUCUCUAGGCUUGAAAAUCUUCAGUUGGAUUGGUGCCGCAAGCUUCGGACAUUACCAGAGCUUCCAUCUCAUGUACGGGUAACACUUAAGAAUUGCAUUUCAUUAGAUACAAUGGUCAAUCAAAUAGGAGAAUGCAAUUCCGUGUUAUUUGCAAGUUGUGUUAACUGUUUCAAAAUGGUGGAGAAUGAAAGCUACAAGCGUGUAGCACUUUCGUUGCUAGCACGCUACCUUAAGUUUCGACGUUGGAGUUCUUCCGUACAUUUUAAGCAUAGAACAUUUGACUUCAUUGCUCCUGGAAAUGAAAUUCCAGAGUGGUACAAUCACCAAAGUGUGGGGUCUUUGAUAACUGUAGAGCUGCAUCCAGGUUGGUUUAGUAAAAAGUGGAUGGGAUUCGCCUGGUGUGUCGUUUUUAGACCCCUAAAACCACUCCCGUCUUCGGUUGAGAUGAACAUUGUAUGCUCAUUGAAGAUUAAUGGACAACCCUUGGCUGGCUUUGGUAAAUCGUUUGGGUUUGGGGAAAAGUGCGAUCAACCUAAGUCGGAUCACAUUUGGUUCUUCUAUGUGCACCGUGAUGUUAGAUACCCUAACCAAGAGUGGCAGGAUAUCCACUAUCAGCUUGUAUUCUCAUUUAGUGCCUUCUGCUUGGGGCCACCAGGAAUACGCGCCCUAACAAGUCUGCAAUUGAAGGAUGUUCGUAUCCAAGAGGAAAUUGUGCAAGUGAAGAAGUGUGGUGUGCGUAUGGUAUAUGAGGAAGAUGCGGAGGAGCAGAGCAAUGUUGGCACUAAUACCGAGCGAGGCCUUCAACACUCUGAUGAUGAAGAUGAUGCAACAUCUAGUAGUGCAAGUCAGGCUCAUCCAAAAAGAAUUAAACUACUCCACCUUGACGGCGGAGGACCCGGUGGAAGCCCUUAUAUUUAUGACCAGAAACAUGGUUAA